AUGUCGUCUUUCUUUAGAUCGCUCGGGUUGAUGCAGCAGCCAUCCCAGGGACCCCCGGCUUUGCAACCACCCCAGGGACCCCCGGCUAUGCAACCACCGCAGGGACCCCAGCUUGUGCAGCCGACGCAGGCACCACAGGCGACUGUUGCUAACCAGACGCCCUCGUCGUCGACCCCUUUUGCCACCCCGAUGUCAUCUACACCCGCAGUCACAGUGGCAACACGUCAACGAGGGCCGGCGCCGGCCCCAAUGAAUCUUGUCGAGGCCGAGCUGCUCCGGUUGAGGGAAGAGAACCGGCGACUCCGGGAGGAGAACCGCGAGGUUAAGGAGGAGAAUCGCAAGAUUAAGGAGGAAAACAGAAUACUGAAGGGUUUCCCGUUGACAGCGUCGGCGGCACCCUCCACGUCGGCGACACGCUCCACGUCGGCGACAGUGACUUUAGGCACUUUGGCUUCACAGAGGGGUCCAACUGGGUUCCCCAAGGAAUGUGGAAGUAGUCCACGCAGGCACAAAAUAAUAUCCGAGACCAACGGCUCAGACAGAACACUCAACCAGCAGCGGCAAAGACAGCAGCAACAGCACCAGCAGAGACAACAGGAACAAAGAGAGAGACAGCAGCGACUUGCGAGGGAAAGACAACAGCAGCAACAGCAGCAACAGCAGCAGCAACAACAGCAGCCCUACCAGGACCUGUUGCGCGUUUUGGUGGAGGCACAGAGGACUUCGAGAAGAGGCCGUGUGCGUAAGCCGGCAGGAAUGGUGCAAAUGACGCUAGGAGGAGGAAUGACUAGUGUCAUCACCAAGUACCAGGACGAAUUUAUUCGAAACAAGCAGCGCGGAAAGAUCACCUGCCUCAGGGCUAUCCUCUACUGCCAUUUUGUCUCAGUUGCCAUCCUGUCUCAGUUGCCAUCCUGUCUCAGUUGCCAUCAGCCUCAGUUGCACCUUUACCGUCAGCGACCACAUCAACCACAUGAACCUGGUCUUGCCUCUCCAGACGCUGUUUGA